UUAAUAUGUAUAUAAUAUUUAAAAAAAAAAAACCUGUUUACGCCGGCAAUAUCUUGAUAGAAACCUCUACUUUUUUAGCAAACAAAGAUGGUGAAAAGGGAGAAGAUUGCACCAAGUUUUCAAGUUCCGGACGAUAUCGAAAUAGAUAUCUUAUCAAGACUGUCAGUGAAGAGUUUACUUCGAUUCAAAUGCGUUAAGAAAUCAUGGCGUAAUUUCAUUGAAGAUCCUGUUUUCAUCGCCAUGCAUCUCGAUUAUUACGGUAAAAGUAGUGUUGGUUUUCUGCUUUAUGGAUCUCGUCCUUAUAAGUACAUUAAGCAAUAUCUUAAUUGCAGCAGCAUCGAUGUUUCGAUGUCGAUCAAAAUUUUAUUUGGGGAAUCACCCGGAUACAUGAUUGGUUCUAUCAAUGGAUUAGUUUGUUUAAGUAAUAAUUUAUAUUUCUUCUUGAAGGAAGAUAAAAGGUUGAGUAUUUAUAUCUGCAAUCCUUCUACUAGAGAAAUUUUGGAGCUUCCGGAAUGUCAUCAUGCUUAUAAUGAUUUUGUUCUUAGUAUUGGCUUUGGGUUUUGUCCUAAAUUUAAUGAUUAUAAAGUGGUAGUAGUAAAGCUUCUGGACUCUGUAGUAAAUGUUAGAGACCCCAAUUGUUGUCUAUUUUCAUUAGGGGUUGAAGUUUAUAGCUGGAAUAGGAAUUCAUGGAGAAGUACAAAAAUAGUAAAUCCAAGGUCCGUUUUGACAACUUCGUUCCAAGGUAAAGGGUAUUUCAAUGGAGCCUUUCACUGGGGAGGACGAAAUCUAAAGUCAUCUAAGAGGAUGAUCAUGUCAUUUCAAUUUGAUGAGGAGGUAUUUCGAGAGCUUAAUUUGCCAAAUCAUCCUGAUUUUCAAGAGGAGAAUUACUUUCUGAAUGCACUGAUUAUAGAAUAUCAAAAUUUCUUUUCCUUGAUCAUCAAACAAAAAGUAAAUAUGCAUGUUUAUGAUUUAUGGGUGAUGAAGGAAUAUGGUGUAUCAGAUUCUUGGAUUAAGCAGUUGACGAUCGAAGUACCGGUCCUGGAAGAUCGACUAAUGUUUCGACCGGUGAUGAGCUUUGAGAACAAUGGUGAGCUUCUUGUCCUUAGUGAUUGGUAUGGGAGAAUUGUUUGGUAUAAUACUAAAACCAAGCAAAUUGAGAGGUCAAAGGAAGUAUUAAGAGGACGAUCCAUUCGUUACAAGGAAAGCUUGGUUUCAUUGUCUAGAAAAAAAGUAGUAUGAUUCUUUUUAGUGCUUAUUAUUUCCGAUGCUUUUCGAUUUAUGAUAUGUAUUUGCAUUUGAGUAUGACUAGAAUGUCUUUAGUAAAAACUAAACUAUUCUUAUCUUUGGAAUUGAAUGUUCUUUAUGUUGACAAA